AUGUCUUUUCGAAACAUUACGGUCUUUGACCACGUCGGGGAUCAGAGGAGAGCACUUGGAAACCUCCUCAAAACCGGUGAAUAUUCCGACUUUGUCAUCAUCUGUGGCAAGGCGCGUCACAGAGUCCACAAGGCAAUCAUCUGCCCUCGAUCUGACUUCUUCAAAGCAGAAGCUCAGACUGGCGAGGUGGAGCUGCCCGAGGAUGAACGGUUCGCCGUGAGCAUGAUGAUCGAGUAUCUCUAUCAUCAAACAUACACUAUCCCCUACGACGCGGACUUUGGCCCGGAAUACCAGAAGUCGCCUGCAGUUCCUUACAAGCCAUCAACAGCACUGUUGAACAGAGCUCGUCCUUCUCUUAGUGGCAACUCCUCUAUCUCGCAGUCUCUUCUGCAUCCAAUCACACUGCAGGCUACUGGUGCCUUCAUCCAUCAUCUAGAAGAAUCAGCUGUAUGCUUCUUUAUCGUCCUUUACGUGAACCUAAGAGUUCACUACAAAGUCUAUGCACUAGGCGAAAAGUACGGCAUUCCUGGCCUCAAAGCCCUAGCUGCUCAUAAUUUCGAAACCGAGUGUGAAAAGGAGUUCGGUAGAAGCAGAAUUUUUGACCUUGGGGACCUGAUACAUGAGAUGAGGGAGGCAUACGCCUGCACCGCCGAAGGUGAUCGUCCUCUUCGCGACGCUGUGGUCAGAAUACUGAAGUCAAAGCCGAUCAUAUUUGAGAGGGAGGACGUGAAGGAGUUUCUGAAGGAAGAGGGCUUGGCCUAUGAUAUGGUAAUGAGCUGUGUGCAGGAUAUUCUGAGGAGAGGGGAGGACGACUGA